CAUGACUCUACUCCGAAGAUUCAUUCAAAGGAAGAGACGAAUUUCAAUUUGUUGGACAAAUUGAUUUGUCUUUUUUCAGCAGCAUUCACCCUAGUGUCACCUUUUAACUUUGCUAUGGAGAUGGUGGAUGUAAGUCGCAAUCAGGGAUUAAGGAAAAGAUCUUCUACAACUACAAGGAAUAUGGAGAACCUCCCUAUUACAGAGCGGAGCAAUCCAAUCACUAGAAGCAUUGAUACUGAAAAAGGAAUCGGCAUGGUUCAACGUCUUCAUCACUGUGACCAAGAAAUAUUUGAAGGAUGGCGGCAAUAUCCGAAUAUCUAUGCCAGCCAGCAUCUGAAGACCAUGAGCGCUAUUGCUAAUAUCGCUGCAUCAUUGCUGAAGAAUCCCUCUCAAAAUGCCAUAGUUAUAGGCGGUGCUGGAACAUCAGGGAGAUUGGCAUUCUUGACCUCGCGGUCUUUUAAUAUUCUGUGUGAAUCACUGAAGAUGGGCAAGGCUUAUGACUAUGCCAUAGCUGGUGGGGACAAGAGUCUUAUAGCCUCUGAUGAUUGCAGUGAUGACUCAGAAGACAGUCCCCAGGAAGGUGCAGACAACUUGGAACAGCUCACAUGGGGAAAGUCACGUGUUCUAUACAUUGGCCUGACCUGUGGCCUGUCUGCACCUUGGGUUGCGGGUCAGUUGGAUCACUGUCUGAAGAACCUGGACAAAUACAUCCCUGUCCUGAUGUGCUUCAAUCCUGUAACGUUUGCCAGCGACACGAUCAUUGAAGGAUGGACAAAGUCAUUACAAGAAGUUGUCAGUUCCCUUGAGAAUGUGACUUCCGAUGGUCGAGGUUUUAUCCUCAAUCCAGUAAUUGGGCCUGAACCAAUCGCUGGCUCAUCGCGGUUGAAAGGUGGAACUGCAUCCAAGAUUCUUCUCGACACUAUCCUCAUCAGAGCACAUUACAUCAAAUCUAAUGAGAGCAAUUUGGAUGUAUCGGAGACUGUGCGAUCCUAUGAACAUCUGUGCAAGCUGACAUACCAGAAAUCUGCUGAUAUAGCUGCUCUUGGGGAGGCCUGUGCUAAAAGUCUGCGGUCAGGUGGUCAUGUCUACUAUAUUGGUAUGGGAAGUCUUGGUAUCAUGGGUAUGAUUGAUGCUGCCGAGUGCCCAUCGACGUUCUGCACGAACCCCGCCAAUAUUCGUAGCUUCAUCGUCGGUGGAUGGAGGUCAUUAAAGAAUAAAGAAGGAGACCUUUCAGGUCAGGGUCCAUUGUUCCAGAUUUCGUACAAUGAUUUUAAAGACAAAUACCUGGAGAAUCUCACAAAAGAUGAUCUUGUCAUUAUUCUCUCUAAAGAUGGUGAAGUGAGAGGUAUUGAUAACAUCCUGAGUUCUCCGGCCAACGUCGGCAUGCUGAAUAUGAUGUCACCAAGAGCUGAGAAAAUCAAGCUGAAAGUUGCAGCAAGGCUGUGCUGCUCUGUUGAAGUCCGGCUGCAUGACUCCCAGCUGCAGACGCCCAAUGGUAAAGUCCUGGAGAAGUUCUUUGUUGAGAUGCAAGAGGCUGUCGUUGCCAAGUGGGUGUGUAAUGCUGCCACCACGUCUGCUCACAUCCAGCUGGCCAAGGUCUACAAGAAUUAUAUGAUUUCGUUCAAAGUCAGCAAUAUGAAGUUAUUUCACCGGGCUAGACAUUUGAUAAAGGAUAUCUCGCUCUGCUCAGAAGUGGAUGCCAAGACUCAUCUCCUUAGAGCCAUCUAUGGUUCCGACGACUUGGAGCCCAACCAGGAAAAGGCUUUCAUCAGCGAUCACAUCCACGAGGCAAAAAAUAAAGAUAAUGUUAUUCCUUUGGCUCUCAUUCUGGCGAUUGCUAAGUGUUCUGUACCUGAUGCCAUGACAAAAUUGAGGGAAACCAGCAGCCUCCAAACGUCGAUAAAAGACUGUCUCGACGGGAAAAAUACGAAAGAUGCUGGCAACAUGAUUCAGCUCGAUGAUAUAACUACAUCUGUUGCAUCAUGAUGUGUCUGACUAUGUAUCCGGUGCAAUUGGAGCACAGGAGGAAAUAGACUUUUAUGACAUUCAGUGCCAAAGAUGUGCCAAAUUUCUGUUUUGUUUCUUCUUAUAAACCUUCAAAGGGGCUCUAUAGACAGGAGCUGUGGGGUCAGAUUGGUGGUCUUCUGUAUUAAUAAUUUAGUGUGGCUCCAUGGUGAUUAUUUUUCUCACACAAGCGCCAGUAGUUUCAAUGGAAUUUUCAAUAUACUGUAAGUUAGGAAAACCUCUAUCGGCCACUGCGUGUAACUUUAAAAUCUGACCUACAUGUAUAUGGCUCUUGCUUGUAGCCUCUCUUUAACUUCUAAACUGACAGGGUACCAAAUUAAAAAUGUUAUACGUUGAGGAUUGUUUCAAAAGGAGUGCCAAUAUUACACAUGUGUUAUUUAUACUGUGGUUCAAAGCUUGGUCUCCCAGUAGUGGUGCUUCUAUGAACUGUUCUUCAACCAGUCAAAUCAUUUUAGGGAGGUCCUAUUAAUAUGAUGGAUGUUGUAUGUCUCCCCAAGAAAAAAUAAACACAAGUCAGUUCUAUGCCCAAUGUGCCAAAUAAUAUGUGAUUUAUUAUAUUUACUACCUGCCAUUUAAUAUCAAUAAACCUAUUGUUGAAAAAUA